AGAAUUUGCCAAAUGAAAUAUACAAUUUCCAAUUUUCCAUUGGGAAACCAAACCUAAACUCAGUGAAAAAUUUGUGCAAUGUUAUGUUUGGCUGUUGAACAAUACAAAUGGACUUUCUGAAAUUUGUUGUGGAAUAUAUUCGUGACUAAAAUCUACCAGGAUUACUUUAAAAGGGUUGCAAAACAAACUUCCUGAUCAGCUGAGAGACGAAAUAUCAGGAAAAACAAAUCACUGGGUGCUCGGUGCUUUUCUUAUCUGAAAUCUUUGUGAAACAAGUACUUCAAACUGGAGCGACUACCAGAAUAUCUCCGCGACACCGUGGACUGGUUUAUAGGGAAAGCAAGACGUAAAGAAAAAGAAGGAACAGAAUCUACAUCAAGUGGAGACUCAAAAUUGUAUCUAGAAGCUACAGUUUUAGAAAGGAAAUUACCAGAAAUGGACAUGAGAUUGUUAGUUGAUCUACCUGCUGGAUUGGACUACAAUGAGUGGUUAGCCUCACACACUAUGGCUCUAUUUGAUCAUGUGAAUUUAGUAUAUGGAAGUGUUAGUGAAUUUUGUACACAAAUGGGGUGUCCUGACAUGACAGGUCCAGGUCAAAGGACUUAUUUAUGGUUUGACGAGAAAGGGAAGAAAACUAAGGUUGCUGCCCCUCAGUAUAUAGAUUAUGUGAUGACAUUUAUUCAAAAAACUAUAAGUGAUGAAAAUAUUUUUCCUACAAAAUAUGCGAACGAAUUUCCUUCCUCGUUCGAAUCGAUAGUGCGCAAGAUCGUCCGCCUGUUGUUCCACGUGGUGGCGCACCUCUAUGCCGCCCACUUCAAGGAGGUGGUCAUGCUGGGCUUGCACGCCCAUCUCAACCUAACCUUCGCCCAUUUGACCGCCCUCCAUCACCGGUUCUCGUUGAUCGAGCCCAAAGAGACGGAGAUCCUGACGGAUCUAGAGGUGGCGCUGCGGUUGACCGAGGACGGCCGAGACCCGGCGAACAACAACGACGACAAGGCCGAGGAGGCGGUGGAGGGGGAAACGAAGGCGUCGGCCGAGACCAGCUGUGGUGACAAUAAAUCGUAGUUUCUUGAAGAAGGGACAAGAAUUGUUAACAAAUGUUUUAUGUGAUGUGACUAUUCACCCCAAUUAUUGAAACCAUUAUCCACUAUUAGCUACUAGAGCAUGUGAUUCUGAGACACAAUAGUGAAACAAC